GAAAGGGCCAAAGGCACCGCGUAUUUUCAAAGUCGGCGAUGAUGCUGACGUCAUCACAUCUCUUUCCCUCUUCCUCUCUUAAUAAAACUUAGGCUUUUGCUUUUCAUUUCAGCAAAAGCAACCUCCCUUCUCUCUGACACCACCGUUCCAUCAAAUUUCGCCCUCCUAAUUAAUCGUCUUCCAUCCAUCGCCGAUCACCCCCUCCUUUGACCAAUCAUCUCAAACCUUCGGAAUUCGACGCCAUAGAUCGUUCAGGUCUUCACUGCAGAAGCCUAGCUCUGAAUUAAAAGGUCAGGAUCAUUUUUCUGUUAUUUCUUUGAAACCUUAACCUAACCCUAGAGGGCCCAGAUGGCGGAUUUUGGAAACAGCUUCGGAUCAUUCGGAAAAUCCAAGUCCAGGCCCUUCUUCUUUGGUCGCUCUAUGACUGUGCGCGAAGCCCCCAUCGAGGCUCCUCAGCUUGACCGGAGCGGAUCCAUGAGGAAAUUCUACAAUUCCUUCGAAUCGGUGAUUUCUACUGGAAAUUCCAUCAAGGGGAAGGUAAAGAAGCUCUGCAGUUUAUUUGAAAAGGCGGACGAUUCACAAUCCCAGUCGCAACCACAAUCACGAUCACAAUCACCCACUAAAUUGAAGGCCUCGAAACUCGGUACUACUGAUUUGAGGGUUUCUUCCCUUUCUGGCAAUCAUUGGAUUGGGCUACCAGGCGCUGAAGAUCGAAUUGUGGUGUAUUUCACUAGUUUGCGGGGAAUUCGGAGGACUUACGAGGAUUGUUAUGCAGUUCGGAUGAUUUUUCGUGCAUUUAGGGUUUGGGUGGACGAGAGAGACAUAUCUAUGGACUCUGCCUAUAGGAAAGAGUUGCAAUGUGUGUUGGGAGAAAAGAAUGUGAGCUUGCCACAGGUGUUUAUUAGGGGGAAGUAUAUGGGAGGGGCUGAUGUGGUGAAGCAGCUUUAUGAAACUGGUGAAUUGGCUAAGAUUCUUGAGGGCUUUCCCAUUAGGGCACCUGGGUAUGUAUGUGAGAGUUGUGGGGAUGUGAGGUUUAUUCCAUGUAUGGAUUGCAGUGGAAGCAGGAAGGUUUUUGAUGAGGAUGAAGGCUUAUUGAAGAGAUGCUUGGAGUGCAAUGAGAAUGGAUUGAUUCGAUGUCCCGAUUGUUGUUCUUGAAUUCUUUUCUAUAUGGGUGAAAGUGCUUUGGUUCUUAUAUUUUGGUGUUCUCUGAUUGAUCAAUACUAAUGAGUGUAGUAUCACUGAAUGUAUAUAGAAAUAUGUUUGCCCAUGGUUUGGAUUCAAAAUCUCAUUGGAGUCAUUGGAUUUUCACUUUGUCAAUGUACAUUUUUCAUGAAUUGUGGGGUUUUAUUUUCACCACCUCUGUGAUCAAUACUAUUAAAUAAAAGGGAAUGUUUGUUGAACACAAA